AUGGCAACAGAGCUUGAAGCAGGGCUUGACGAAGCAGGGCUGGAAGAGGCUGAGCUUGAAGCCGGGCUUGAAGAAACAGAACUGGAAACACGGCUUGAAGAAGCUGCGCUCGAGAUAGGGCUUGAAGAGGCUGAGCUCGAGACAGGAGUUGAAGCGGCUGGGGUAGAUACAGGGCUUGAAGAAGCGGAGCUCGAAGCAGGGGUGGAGGCUGCUGAGCUCGACGCAGCGCUUGAAGAAGCGGGGCCCGAUGCAGGGCUCGAGGAAGCAGAGCUGGAUGAUAGGCGCGCAGAUGAGCUAGAAGAAGCGGCCGAGGAUGAUGCGGCCGGAAUGGAGCUCGGUGUCGGAGUAACCGUAGUCACACUUAGGACGGUGGUAGUAGCGACGGAGGCUGAAGAGGGCGAUGGGAUAGGAGACGGUGAAGCGGAUGAGCUGGAAGAAGCGGACGAGGGCGACACGAUGGAAGCGGAGCUCGAUGGAGUAGCCGUAGUGACGCUUACCACUGUGGUGGUGACAACAGAGGCUGAGCUUGGCGAAGGGAUCGCGGAAGGUGUAGAAGAUGAGCUCGGGACUGGUACGGCGGAUGAGCUUGGCAAGGGAAUGGAAGACGCGAUUGAGGACGAGCUCGGCGAGGGGAUAGGAGGAGGCGAAGCAGAUGAGCUUGAUGACGGGACAGAGAAAGGUGAAGAGAUUGAGCUCGGCGUUGGCGUGACUGUCGACAUGACGACCGUGGUGGUAGUAGACACUUGUGCCGACGAUGAUGGUACAGCCGGAAUGGAGGAUGAUCGGGAAGACGAUGGCACAAUGGGUGCUGGAGAAGAGCUAGAGGAACUCGGUGCGAACGCAGUGUUGGUAGCAGUCGAAGUCGUCUGA